GGAGAUUCGUCUAGGUUCGAGUCUGCUAUGUCAAGCACUGUGGAAAGUACAGCGAUGUCGGGGAGAACGAGAACCGGAGCACAGUUGUGGCUGUUGUAGUCUGCCUGAUGUUCCUGGGGAUAGCCUUCGUGGUGAUCUUCCUCCUCGUUGGAUCGAGUGAUUCCGAAGACGCACAAGAUGACUUCGGCAACAGCGACGGUAGUGGCGUUGGCGGUGUUAGCGGUGGUGGUGGUGGUGGCGGCAGCAGCCUCCCUCCUCCGGUACCAGUUCCUAUAGGAGCUAAAACACCAGCCUCGACGACCACGCCUCCAUCAGUAGUACCAGCAAGUGGACCGACAGGACCGGUACCUCCAUCUGGGGCACCAGUUCCGCAACAAGGGGGACCAGCGUCGCCAUCUGGGGGACCAGGUUUGCCACAAGGGGGACCAGCUCCCGCAUCUGGGGGACCAGGUUCGCCACAAGGCGGACCAGCGCCGCCAUCUGGGGGCCCUGUUCCGCCAUCUGGAGGACCUCCACCUCCACCUGGGGGACCAAUAUCUCCACCUGGGGGACCAGUACCUCCACCGGCAAGACCAGUUCCUCCAGCGGCGCCACCGACGACCACGAAGCCGACACCGACGACGACACCGACGACGACACCGACACCGACGACGACACCGACGACGACACCGACGACGACACCGACGACGACACCGACGACGACACCGACACCGACGACGACGACACAGCUGCCGAUAUACCGGGAGCUUCUGUGUACAGUGGGCGAAACCGCAGUCAUGGUGUACAUGUACCCUCCAGACAGGAUGUGUACGUACUUGUACUACACACACGUGAUCAUCGACGGGAACAACAUAUACGGCGUCAAAGUGGAGAGCAGCUGGCUGAGUUACAAGUAUCGGGCCUUGACAUACCGCAACGUCAAGAUGGGAGUCUCCUUUGACCACCGGUACAUCACCGCGGACAAGAUAAAAAAUGCCGCCAGUGCUUUGGCCAAGCUGUCCGAUAACAACAUUCGGCACUUCGGCGUGCUCAAUGUCAUCGGGAAGGCCGGUAACAUUCUCAAUACAGUGGAGUCCAUGAAACCAGUUUUUGAGGAGAUAAAGAAGAACUUUGGUGGCUCGCACAAUGUCAUUGCGAUCGGAGACCGUGAUUACAGUCGUCCGAGCAUGGUCACCUUAAAACAGGCGGUCCAGCAGGCUGUAAAUUCAUUCGCCGUGGACACGGUCAUCGCCAUAUCUUCAGUGAGCUCGGCGGAGAGUAGAGAGAGCUGCCGCGCCGUGCCUCCGAACGUUCUCUUUAGUUCGGCACAGGCGAAAGACCCGAGCUUGGUCAAGCUCUGGCCUCUGCUGAAAAGGAACGCCACUGACAAACAGACCACAACCCUGGGACUUUCGUUCGAGAUGGGCACGCUGAUUUACGAGCUGACCAGCGAGUACAACAACCUGGCUAGCGCCGUCAACGCUAAAUGCAACGGAACUUCCCUGACAAGCAGGGAAGCGCUCUGCGGAUCGGCGAAGGUCGUCGACACAGCCAACCAAAAGUUGGCCACACCGUUCCUCACGUACGGUGGAUUCCCGACUGCUGGUAACAAGAGGAGAGUGGUCUUCACGGACUACCUGCACACUGCCACUGAAAAGUUCAUGAACGUCAGUGGCGGAACUGGCAGCAACAACCUUCGUAGUCGAGUGGCCUGGAUGUUGUUCAACGUGCACCUGGGAGACACGGCGCAGAGAUGCGGCGGUAUCCGGCCUUUCGAGCUCGAAGAUAAUUUCUGCAAAGCAUUUCUUCCGUCAGGCCAGGGAUGCUGAAACAACGCAGGCGAUUUCAAAGGAGGAAGAUAAAAAUGUAAAAAAACAUCAAUUUCUGCGCUUCACUGUGGCGUGACUCAUUGUCUUUAACGCGAUAGCGUUAAGGUCACCGUGUUCGAAAUUUGGUACGAAACCCCAUGCUGGUGGUCCCAAAAUUCUUUAAAAAGCUCUGAUUCAAUGUGAUGGGAGUGACGUUUCCCCGGAGCUAGGGAGUGAUACUCCUAAAACCACCGUGCCCAGAACCGUUUAAGAAGCGCGGCCAGCCGUUCUAACGUCACGGAUCCCAGAGGCAACACUUCGAGGACUGUGAACCCCGGCAGUCCUGCGUGCCGUGCUGUUUACGGCCACUUUCUGCUGGCACAAGCUGGAUGCCGCAGUUUCCGCGCCGUGCCUCCGCCGGCACCGUAACGCUUGUAGCUUGGAGCUCGUCAUCCUUGGCCACCUGCCGGCACUUACUAGAAGGGCACUAGCCCUCCCUAAUCCCAAACUGAGGACGCCGAGCUUGGAGCCGAAGGAAACGUCAAAUUCCAGUGUCUAUACGCGCCGCUAGG